AUGACAGGCGAACGCCUUAAACAUCCCAUCCCACCUACUAGUCUUCCUAUUGAAUAUCAUACACAACGCUUACGCGCUAUUCAGGAUUUUGAGCCAGAUAAUGCUUAUGACCGACUUGGAUGUGCUGUUGACGACCGUUUCUUAUUGGUUCAUGAAGAUCCGAACUCGGAUUGGUUACUAGCCACUUCAUUGAAAUCUCGUCAUUCAGGUUACUUACCUAAAUCGUGCGUUGAGAAAGAAUAUCCCGAAAUUAUUGAACGUUUGGAUUUCUUUCAUCCUGAUACAACUUCACAUCCCAAAGAGCUGCUUAAAAGAGGUUAG